AUGCCCCACAGCUCCGACAGCAGCGACUCCAGCAGCUUCAGCCAGUCUCCCCCUCCCGGCAAGCAGGACUCUUCUGAUGACAUGAGGAAAGUCCAGAGGAGGGAGAAGAAUCGCAUCGCUGCCCAGAAGAGCCGCCUAAGGCAGACACAGAAAGCAGACACGCUGCAUCUGGAGAGCGAAGACCUGGAGAGGCAGAAUGCUGCCCUGCGCCGGGAGAUCAAGCAGCUGACAGAGGCGAUGAUGCUUUAUGCCACACAUUCCUUCCACCAGCCCCACAUCAGCUCCCCACGCUUCCAGCACUGA